AUGGUAUCAAGCAGAGCAGACGGCGACGGCCGCGGGCAGCGCUGGGAGCGGCCGCUCAGCUACUCCAUCGUGGACGCGGACGCGCAGCCCGAGGCCGACCGCCGGCGCGAGUUCCCGCCGUCUCCGCCAGAGGCGCGCUACGGCCGCCUGCCAGCGCCCCCGCCGCCCUCCUACUACCAGCAGAGGCCGGGGCCGGACUACUACUCCUACUCGAGCAGGCCAGACGUGGACUACUCCGCCAGGAGGCCCGACCUGGACUACUCCGCCAGGCGGCCCGACCUGGACUACUCUGCCAGGAGGCCGGAGCUAGACUACUCCGCCAGGAGGCCAGAGCUAGACUACUCCGGCAGGAGGCCGGAGUUGGCCUACUCUGGGAGGCCAGAGACAGAGGGUCGGCGGACGCUGCCUCUGUCACCCGUACCGGACCACAGACGCCCCGGCGCCCCCUACCGUGGUCCACAGGGGCAGGUGGCGGUGCCGGCGCCGCUGCUGCCCGACGAGGCGGAGCCGUACCGCGGCUACAACCCGCGCCAGCCGGCGCCCUGGUCCAUGCAGAUCGGCGCGCGCCUCACCGUCAAGGACGACGGCCGGCGGCUGCCCUUCGGCAGCGGCGCCGGCGGCAACGGCGGCGGCCCGGGGCGGCGCUUCUACGUCAACAGCCAGGCGCCCGGCCCGCACUACGCCGUGCCCCUCCGCUACUCCUGAGCUCCUGUGCUACUCUUGAGCCCCAGUGCUACUCCUGAGUCCCUCCGCUAUACCUGAGCCCCUGCACUACUCUUGAGCUCCUGCGCUACUGCUGAGCUCCCAUGCUACUCCUGUCCCUCUGCUACACCUGAGCCCCUGCGCUAUUCCUGAGCUCCUGUGCUACUCUGGAGCCCCAGUGCUACUCCUGAGCCACCCCCCUGCCAUGCCGCCACACACACUGUCAGCCACAGCCACACAGUGUGCAAAACUUCCUCUACAGUUACAGGGACAACAGACUGGAAAAUAUGCUGGACUCUACAAUAUUACAUUACGAGCCACCCUUGCAAACAUUUCUUCUUUUCGAGUGUCAAUUUUUGCUUCAUCACAUUUUUUUAUUUUAUUUGUUUUAAGUCAGUAAGCAGUGUAGGUACUGCAAAGUGAUCAACAACGGACAGGUGACAAAAUCGAAAAGAGUGCUCGUCCAUUACUGCUAUGGUGUACAGGAACAGGAGCACAGUUACACCUUUAAGGCUAUGCAGAGCAGUCUGGAAGAGCAUCUUAAAAGCUAUGCGAUAUGUUACUCAUCUUUGAUACUACAUACCCAUCUGUACCAGAAACACAAAGUCAGGCUUCCGUCGCGCUCCGAUAGUGGACACCACUGAGCUCCAGCAGACACUCCUGUCAACUGAAACAAAUGUGUAGCCAAACCAUCACGUGAGCCAUUGAUAUCCUACCGAAAGACUCGUACCCGACUGGGAGCCCCAUGACAUUAUUAUCAUCAUUCUUGGACGGCAACCAACGCCACAGCUGACUGCUGUCAUUUCCAAUAGUUGCAAAGAAAGCAGUAUUUUCGAAAUUUUUACAAUGUGGCAUACAUACAUUUAACAACAUUACACAUUCACUGUCUGUAUGUGGCCCUAGCAUUGUCUUUGUCAUUGAAAAAUAAUUCUGAAUUAAAUUUUGUGACUGAUGUGAUACAAAAAUUUCGAGUAACAUUUAAAUGUUAAUUCAGUGAACAGCGAUGUCUUAUUGUACUUCAAACCUAAUGUCUAAUACAUCGUACAACUACAAGCGUUGUUUAACAUGUGGCAGAAAGGUCUCAACUUCUCUUUCAUAGAACAUGUGGGGCAAAGUGGCAAGAGAAAAAAGUCACACUUUAUUAGCUGCUUAUUUAUUUAUUUGUCAGUUCGUGCCUUGGCUUUUCACAAGUAUAAAUUUAGCGAACAUAAAAAAAUCCAACUCUUGAGUAACAGCCGAAGGCUGGAGUACACAUGUGUCAGAGGCUACAGGUUUAUGAUGUGAGCAGUCUCUGCAACAGUUAGUUUUCUACUGGCUAAUAGUGUUGAAAAAAUGUGCACAAAACACAGCCUCCUAUUCAAAAGACAAUCUUUUAUGUAAGUGAGGUCACCAAUAUUCACUCUUCAAGAAUAUCGAAAUCUUUGAUAUUAGAAAGAUAGAUUACUUGGGAAUUUAUUUAUGCCUGCAGUGAGAUGCAUGCCAGAUGAUUCAGGGGAGUGAGACUAUUCCCUUCUCUCAUGUGAGUGUAUUGUAACGCUCAAAUCUAGCAAUGUUUAAGUUAAAUGUCUAUUAUUUAAAUCAAAUUUGGUUUUCAUGUACUUUUGUUGUAGGCACAAUAAUUCUGCCAUGUUUUUUCAUAAUAUUGUGUUUGACAACUUAAAGAUGUUUUUAUUAUGACUUAAUAAACAGUAUUCUAUCUAAA